AUGUCUAACCUAGGCCCCCAACUACAAAAUCAGGCUAUCCCCUCAAGUACUCCAUCUCUCACCUUCGUGUGUCACGUCGCCCGCCUCUUCGCGUCCCGCGACGCCGACGCCACACUCGUCCUCACGCGUGCCAACGCCGCAAGGCUCGGUGGCCCCGUCGCCGGCACGGCCGCCACGGGCUUCCGCGUCCGUAUCAUCACGCUCACGUUCCCACAGAGGCCGCUGGGCUUACAGGUGGCCACGAGAGCGCCGACGGCCUUCCCAACUGGGCCUUUCGCCAUCGUUGUUGACCUUCUCGCGCCUCUCUUCGCUGAUCUCCUGCGUCGCCAGCCUGCCAACGCCGUCGUGUUCGACAGCAUCCUCCCGUGGGCAGCCACUGCCGCCUCGGAGCUUGGCAUCCGGCGGUACGCGUUCAUCGGCACGGGGAGCUUCGCGCUCUCGGUGCAGCGUGCUCAGCUGCUCCACAACCCACAGAAUGGCGUCGCGUCCGACACAGAGUCGUUCCUCGUUCCUGGCCUCCCUAACGCCGUGCGGCUCACCAGGUUGAGGCUCGCCGAGGCGAUGCUCCCGAGGCGGACUCGCGUGAAUUCUUGA